AUGUAUUUGUCAUCGGCAUUUUUUCCCACGCACGUCCUCUUUCAUUACUCACGCUCUCAUCAACAUGAACACCGCAAUGGGCGAAAUAGCAGUAACAAUAGCACGGAAGGUCAAAAAGAAAACAAAAGCGGGAAAGCAGGAAAACUAAGUGUGAGGCUACGACUCGGGAAACAGAGCGCAGAGGGGUGCGGUGUGGGUUUGGAUAUGUCCCGAGCACUUGAAAGGCUCCUACCGACACUUGUCAAGCACCUUGUAGGAGAAGUAGUGGAAAACGAUGAUUGGGAAGCCGACACAACCACAUACGAAGGAGCAGAGGUGAAGGCGGAGGUUGAAGCUGAGGAGAAGUUGUUGACGGCUCAGCGCGAACAUGAGAAUGAUGGUAACGGAGUGUGCAGCACAAAAGCAUCGCUUAAUGCUACGUCUUUUAGUAAUAAGGGCAGUUCUGCUUGCAGCAGCGCCCAGCGGUGGAGGCGCUGUAUUGAAAUUUGGAGGCAUCUACUAGGGUCUGAUCAACUCUUUCUUGCCCUUCUUUUUCACAGCGGUUCGCUGUGGGCUAAGGAGUGGUCCCCCGGAAAGCAAGGGGGUGAAAUACUAGAGACGCCUGGUCCGACUGCGGGAGCAGGAACAAAUUCCUCUUGGGUGGAGGCUGUUUUGUGGUUCCUGCAGUUACAUGAAAUUCCUGCGGCCACUGAUAGUGAGGAAGGUGGUGACGACAAUAAGACGAGUUUUGUUCAUAGUGAUGAGAAGGUUACUGAGAAGGCUGAGUUCGGCAAUGUUUGCGGUGCCCCUUCAGCUUUUCACAUACGGUCUAAGGAACGCACUCAAGUGCAACGUGCCGCCACUGGUCUAUUGGGUGAUUGGUUUGCCACAGUUGACAAGUGCGGGAAACGGUUCGCUCGCGCAUAUUACUUCUCCUGUGCAAUUAAGAUUGUGGCACUAGUGGGAAACGCGACACUCAUUGAGAGCAUUCCUCACCUUCACAACCUUGUGCAAAUGGAUCCGCGGUUUUCCUCGCACCUCAAGGCAUUCUGCAGUAUACUGUGCUGCCUGCUAGUUGAGGAAGCACAACAGCAGCAGCCGUAUCGACUUCGACUUCCCCCACCGUUUUUUCUGUUAAACUUCAACCUGAUUGGACGUGGGUCACGCGUGGGCGUUUGGCUUCCGCGGGCUCUUACCGGGUACAGGGGCGCGGGAAAAUCCACUCAAGAGGGGGACUUCUACUCAUGCGUCGUUUCUUGUUCAGGCGUUGUGCUGCGGAUGCCCUCAUCACCUCCAACUUCACAGGGUGCUGGAGACAUAGUUUUGGUUGUUCGUUUGCUUGAUGAAGCACACAUGGGGUCAAACGACGUGUUACCCCUUCUUCCUCGGACAAGCAGAAGCUCACAAGACGAUGAAAGACUUCAAGAAAAGUGGGUAGGUAGAGCGAGACGGCAUGCUGUGCACGGCUCUCUUCAUGCGGGAGGAACUUCACCGUUGCGGUGCUGGAGUGCUAUGUGCGCUGCGACAUGUAGCUUCGUACGCAUAGAUGUUGCUGAAUCGCGGCGCAUCGUUGAAUUGCUACCACCAACCACAACGGCAGCGGCAAAUAAUAACAAUCGGCGGGCCCCAAUACACCAGCAACAGCAACAGCAAGGCCCCACCCUUUUUACCGUGCCAUUGCAGCGAGGCUCACGAGCGUCCGUCGGUCGUGAUCCCCUGGCAGCAAUUACGUUUACCUUGUCCACAACCGCCCGCCGACUCAUUGGAUGCCGUGGGUUAUUCACAAAGCAACAAUCUGUCCACGAGAGAAAGUCAAACGGGCACUUAUCAAGAGUUGAGAAAUCAAAUACCAAUGCACAUUACCCAGUCUCACGCUUUACAACAGAUGCCGCAAGUUGUGGGGACACUUUGGGCGCUCCCUGUUCUGCAUUCUUCAGCCGAAGUGAGGAAGAACUCGAGUGCCUUAUUGAGUGUGCACUGCAUCUCCAACUCGAGGCUCUACUACUAUGCAGCACUCUCCCACGUGACAUAUUUCCAGUGGUUGAUGCAUGGGCAGUCGAAGCAACAUCAAAUGCAAUUGAUUUAGCUCUUGCUACACCUUGGCCAGUCGUCCGAUGCCUGCGGGCCUCGGGUUUUGCCCUCUGCCUUAUGCCCGAGCAUCAGCAACAUCAAUCUUUGCUUGUUGCCAUAGGCCUCUUUGCUACGCUUGUCCAACGCCAAAAGGAGAGAAAGAGCGACCGUAGCGCCGCAACUGGUGCCGCGCCUUAUGAUGGAGCUGCCAACGCCAGCAGCGGCGCGGGGUGGUGGGAGGUUUUCAAAGUUUGUGUCUUGGGAGACACGGUCAUCCCGGGACAAUUCUGUAGUGGUUUCUGGAAACUUGUCGAACGUGCCGAGAGGUCAUUUCGUACCUCUCCUUCGGUACGUUUAGUGAAGAAACAGGGCCAAAGUGUGGAUGUAGACAGCAGCGGUGUCGAAGCUUCUGAAUCACCUCCUACCCACGGACUUGAAAGAGGCCCGCCUCGGCGCCUCAGUCUGCGGCGAAGCAAACAGCAGCGAGGAGAGAAUGUGGGCCAGGGAGAUGGAGAAGGCGGGGAAAAGAAGAUUUGCAAAGUUGAAACGAUGGGAAGUCACAGGGAAUUGACACCAUUUGCGACGCUACGGUUCGUCACCCCACGCACCGUUGAGGUUUUUGACGACUACCCCCUUACUUCGCGUUCUCACUCCACAGAAAAUAGGAGACAGAUCACUCUGACGGAUAUGGCGGUAUCACUUUGGUGGGUGUUAGAACAAACGGCGGCAAAUAUCGCAUCAGGGUAG